GUCUCUGCUCCUCUUACGCAACGUGCGCCUGGUUCUCCUCCUGUCAUUUCGGCGCACCACCACCCUGGUCAGUUGGGGGAACUAUUUUCUCUCGUCGCCGCUCUCUCCUAGAGCUGUCUGAACGUCAAAAUGGGGAACAGAGACGACGAGUAUGACUUCUUGUUCAAAGUUGUCCUUAUCGGAGACUCGGGCGUGGGGAAGAGCAACCUGCUGUCCCGUUUCACACGAAACGAGUUCAACCUGGAGAGCAAGAGCACCAUCGGGGUGGAGUUUGCCACCCGCAGCAUCCAGGUGGACGGAAAGACGAUAAAGGCUCAGAUCUGGGACACAGCGGGACAGGAGCGCUACAGAGCAAUCACCUCAGCGUACUACCGGGGCGCGGUCGGAGCGCUGCUAGUCUACGACAUCGCCAAGCACCUGACGUACGAGAACGUGGAGCGCUGGCUGAAGGAGCUGAGGGACCACGCCGACAACAACAUCGUCAUCAUGCUGGUGGGGAACAAGAGCGACCUCCGCCACCUCAGGGCCGUGCCCACCGACGAGGCUCGAGCCUUCGCGGAAAAGAACACCCUGUCGUUCAUCGAGACGUCGGCGCUGGACUCAACAAACGUAGAAGAGGCGUUCAAGAACAUUUUAACAGAAAUUUACCGCAUCGUGUCACAGAAGCAGAUAGCGGACAGAUCUGCGCACGACGAGUCUCCGGGCAACAACGUAGUAGACAUAAGCGUCCCACCGACGACCGACGGCCAGAAGGGCAACAAACUGCAGUGCUGUCAAAGCCUGUGACGCUCAGCCUGAAGACACUCGCCCUCCUCCUCUUCAUCACGCCACCAGUGCACUUUUAUUUCCCACGUAGCUCCCUUUCAAAGCCAGCUCCUUCUUUUUCUUUAUCUCGCUCCAUUUUCUUCUCUUUUUAUUUUUGGCACUUUUUCUGAACCCGUUUCGUUUUAUUUUGUAGGAGUACUUUCAAAGUCACUUGUUGCUCUUCUCUCCCGCCGUGAGGGAUUUAUUUCAGACGCCUUUCAUGGCCAAGGAUCAGCCAGGCGAGACGAUCAUGGAGUCAGAGUGAAGGUCCCUGCCAGGCAGGAACGAGGCCGCUGCCUUCAGGAAGCCGUCAUGUUCCGCACAGCGAGGUUAGGAAAUACAUUUCAGCGGUUGCCACUAGGUGGUGCUGUGCAAAACGAACUAAGUAGAGUUACUCCAGCCUGACGAAGCAGUAUUAUGUAUUUGAUGGUGUGCUUCUUACUUCCAUCUUUCAUCAUGCCAAAAAUAUUCUCACUAAGUAUUUAUUGAAGAAAAGUUGGCUUCAUUUGUCAUUCAGGUGAAGAACUGUGUAAAUUUACAAUAAAACUCUUGACUGAAGCA